GCCCCUCGCCCGACUUGAGCAUUCUGACCCCAAAAACUACGAGGAGGAGACAUAUACCGCAGAAAAGGAGGGAAAACGAAGAAGGGCGAAAAAUCCCUAAAACCCUAAACCCCUCGAUUUUGAGAACAGAAAAUGUCCUCUCUCUUGCCUCUACCAAAUAUUUCGUGAGCGUCUUCAAUCUUCAGUUUUCCUCUCAUCGCAUCUCCUCAUCGAGGAUUUCGUUGGAGAGCGAGCCAUGGCGAGGCUUCUCCGUAGCGUUUUGUUGAAUCGAGCCCUAUUAUCGCCCGAGAAUUGUAGACAAGGAAUUGUGGGGUCUGCUUCUCAUGCCCGCAACUUCUCUGCUAAAGGGAGAAAAAAGUCAAAGUCAGAUGGAAGCGAAUCUGGUGAGGAGAAUCUGUCCAAGAAAGACGUGGCUCUACAUCAAGCUUUGGAUCAAAUUCAAGCUUCGUUUGGAAAGGGUGCAAUCAUGUGGCUUGGUCGCUCUAAUGUACCGAGAGAAGUUCCUGUCAUUUCCACAGGAUCAUUCUCAUUGGAUAUAGCACUGGGUAUCGGUGGACUUCCCAAGGGACGUGUUGUUGAGAUAUAUGGUCCGGAGGCGUCAGGAAAAACUACUCUUGCACUUCAUGUGAUUGCUGAAUCACAAAAAAAUGGGGGUUAUUGUGCUUUUGUAGAUGCUGAGCAUGCACUUGAUCCGGCAUUGGCAGAGUCUAUUGGCGUGAAAACUGAUGAUUUGCUUCUUUCACAGCCCGACUGUGGUGAGCAGGCACUUAGUCUUGUUGACACCCUAAUUCGAAGUGGUUCAAUUGAUGUUGUGGUUGUAGACAGUGUUGCUGCCCUAGUGCCCAAAAGUGAACUUGAAGGGGAGAUGGGGGAUGCACAUAUGGCCCUCCAAGCAAGACUGAUGAGCCAAGCUCUUCGAAAGUUGAGCCAUUCUCUUUCUUUAUCUCAGACGAUCUUGGUAUUUAUUAACCAGGUGCGGUCAAAGCUGCAAACGUUCGGAUUUGGUGGCCCAACUGAAGUUACGUCUGGGGGGAAUGCUUUGAAAUUCUACUCAUCUGUUCGCCUGAAUAUUAAACGAAUCGGACUGGUUAAAAAAGGGGAAGAGACUGUAGGAAGUCAAGUUCUUGUAAAGAUAGUGAAAAACAAGCAUGCACCACCAUUCAAGACCGCGCAGUUUGAGCUGGAGUUCGGAAAGGGAAUCUCCCGUGACUCAGAGAUAAUAGAAUUAGGCUGCAAGCACAAGUUCAUCACCAGAAGUGGUGCGUUCUAUACUUUGAAUGGCCAGACCUUUCGUGGCAAGGAGGCCAUCAAGCGAUAUUUUGCUGAGAAUAGAGAAGCCCAAGAAGAGUUAACAAUGAAACUGAGGGAGAAACUAAUACAUACAGAGACACAGAAGAAAAGUAGUUCAGAAAGUGAGGUUCCAGGUGAAGAUGUACAGGAAGAGGUUGUCACAUCUGAGACAACCGAUGAGGAGGUUGCUGUGGUUGAGGCAUGAUAAUCAUUAUGACUCUUUCGGAGUGCAUGCUCUCUUAAUCCUGUUGGCCAUGUUGCUAUCAGAUGUGAAGCUGGUUUUUGUUUAAUUGAUAUCAAAAUUUGGCCUUCUCUGUUUGGAAGUCGGAAAGGAGUUUUAUGCUCGUUGAUGUUUCUCGAAAUUCAAUGUAAGACAUGUAAUUAUGUUGCGAAUUUAGGUGCAUGGUAGAAGAUGAUGAAUUUAAAGGGCUUUGAUUCAGCUAAAUACGAAGAUGAUAAGCCUUAUAAGGAUUUGUGUUGUAAGCUGUUCAAGCACCUGGAUUCUGGGACUAAUUCAAUCUUUAUAUUGUUUUUGUUUUAUCCAUAUCACAUUGUUAAAAUACUGCCUUUGGCGUUGAUCUUGAAUUAAAUGGGGGGGAAAAGUCGAGAUGAUGUUCCAUUCCCUACCUUAAUGAUUUAUGUAUGUUU